GCCCGGAUUCUCCUCCGCCGUGCGGCCCGCCGACUGCUCCUCGCAGGUCUGGGGGAGCCCCAGCGACUCCACCUGGUGGCGCCCCAGCGUCUCCAGGGCGCCCCGCACCGAGUCCAAGUGGGCGGGGAGCACCCCGCGCCCCGCGCCCGCGCGCCCGCCCAUGUCUCUGCCCGGCCGCGUGUCCCGCCUGGCACCGCUGCGCGCCGCGGGGCGACUGCUCCGCGCCCCGCGCCCCAAGCCCACCCCCGGCCGGUGCGCGCCACUCUGGGCCCCGGGGGCUCCGGCUCCGAGCGUCGGGGUGCGCACCUGGGGUCCCCUGGCCAUGGCGGCCAAGCUGGACCUGACCACGGCCACCGACUGGAAGGAGGCCAAGGCCUUCUUGAAGGGCCUGAGUGAUAAGCAGCGUGAGGAGCACUACUUCUGCCAGGACUUCAUCAAGUUGAAGAAGAUCCCCACAUGGAAGGAGAUGGCAGCUAAAGCAGGAGUCGGGAAGGUGGAGGACCCCAAGUACAAGAAGGACAAGCAGCUCAAUGACAAGGUCUCGCUGUUCCGCGGGGACAUCACCAAGCUGGAGGUGGACGCCAUCGUCAAUGCUGCCAACAGCUCCCUGCUUGGAGGUGGCGGAGUGGACGGUUGCAUUCACCGUGCAGCGGGACCCCUGCUCACCGACGAGUGUCGCACCCUGCAGAACUGUGAGACCGGCGAGGCCAAGAUCACCUGUGGCUAUAGGCUGCCAGCCAAGUAUGUCAUCCACACGGUGGGGCCCAUCGCACACGGAGCGCCCAGUGACAGCCAGGCCGCUGAGCUCCGCAGCUGCUACCUGAAGAGCCUGGACCUGCUGCUGGAGCACCGGCUGCGCUCGGCGGCGUUCCCCUGCAUCUCCACUGGCGUGUUCGGAUACCCCAACGAGGCGGCAGCUGACAUCGUGCUCGGUGCAUUGCGAGAGUGGCUGGAGCAGCACAAGGAUAAAGUGGAGCGACUGGUCAUCUGCGUGUUCCUGGAGAAGGACGAGACCAUCUACCUGCAGAAGCUGCCCCACUACUUCCCCGUGGACGAACCCGAACCCGAACCCGUCGGACCUCAUUCCCAGCUCUGAGGAGGCCAAAGCCAGCAGCUGGGCCCAGCUCGAGCGCACUCCGACCCUCAAAAACCCCAAUAAAGAGCUUGUUACAGCGA